CCCCCAAGCCCAAAAGGCCCGCUACAAACCCCAAUCUCAAAGUAGAUAAGCUGGGGUCAAAGAUUGUGUGAUGCCAAAAUUUGCACCCGAAAGAUUAUGAGUACCAGCAAAUUGAGAAUUUAAUUACUAACGAGUCAAUGUUGACUCUAUUUGCCGUUAUAACUUCGAUUUUCGCUUAUUUGGUACCAAUAAGGGCCACAGGUAUGGCCAAGGUGUGAGCUUCCCAAACGCAAAAUAUGCCUCGUGUUCUACCGACGAUAUUUACCAUAAUGUGAUGAUUAUGGCCAAUGUGUUAGUUGCUAAUGUUUGUGAUGGUGGUGAAAAUAUGCACUUGCCUCCGCUUGGGUUCGACCCGUGCCAAAAGCCUGGCGGAGUUGUGAUCGUCAAGUACGAGGAUAACGAGUUUUAUCCUGCCUAUAAUUUAUACUAUCACAUUGGUAAAAACUACGAUGGAGAUGACUGUUGUGAAAUAAAACUUUUCUUAAUUGUUGAAAUUGUUCAGAAGUUUUUAUUUGCUAAGUUUGGGAUUGGUAGCCUUGUAAUUUUUGAAUAAGCCGCCUAAUUGGUGCAUUGUGAUUGGCCAAGUCAUCUCAAAUGCCAAAUCAGUAGAAAUAAACAUAACCUCACUAAAGUUGCAAGAGUUCUUUUAUCAGUAUUUAAAAACAAUGUCUUUUGAGAUGGACCAUUCCCGUACUAUAAUUCACAUCGAUUUGGACUGUUUUUACGCGCAAGUGGAAAUGAACAAAAACCCCAGCCUCCGAACGGUCCCGCUAGGAAUACAGCAGAAAAACAUUGUCGUCACUAGCAAUUACACAGCCCGUGAAUUUGGCAUAAAAAAGUGCAUGUUAAUCCCCGAGGCGAAAAAACUGUGCCCUAGCCUCGUGCUAGUCAACGGCGAGGAUUUACACGACUAUCGCCAGACCUCCUACAAAGUAACCAAUCUGUUGCAAAAGUACACCCCUCUGGUGGAACGCCUAGGUCUUGAUGAGAAUUAUCUGGACGUGACGACGCUAAUAAACGAGAAAUUGAACCAAAAAAGUGAUCUCAAGCUUGUGGGAAAUGUGUUUGGAGACACAAGUGAUAAGUGUGAGUGUGGCUGCACGGAGCGCCUGAUCAUUGCCACAACAGUGGCUCAGGAAAUCCGCGACGUUAUUAAAUCGGAACUCAACCUCACGUCCUGUGCAGGAAUCGCCCAUAACAAACUUUUAGCAAAAAUUGCAGGAGCGCGCCACAAACCAAACCAACAAACUGUUGUUUUCCCAAAUAGUGCGUUAGAAUUGAUUCUUAGCCUAAACGCACCGAACGAUAUCCCGGGAAUUGGCAGAGCGUUGUUUGAACAAUUAAAAUGCAUAGGGGUUGAAACAAUUGAGGAGCUACAAAAUGUUGAUCUCAAGAGACUUGAAACCGUUUUAGGGCAAGAUAAAGCUAAGUUAGUUCAUGAGUUAAGUUUGGGUAUCGAUAAAAGUGGGGUCAAGCCGACGGGGAAGCCCCAAAGCAUUGGUUUAGAAGACAGUUGUAGGUCAAUUUCUGUAGAAACCGAAGUGAAAAUAAAAUUAGAACAGUUGUUAAACCGUCUCUUGCUUCUGGUGGAAGAGGAUGGGCGUGUCCCCAAAACCAUAAAACUAACAGUCCGGAAGUUCAACAAAGACAACAAGAUGAGCCACCGAGAGACGCGCCAAUGCAACGUCAAUCCCUCGAUUUUCUCCUCAAACCAACCAAACAAAGAAGCCAAAAUCAUGACCACGAUCAUGCACCUUUUCAACCGAAUAAUCGACGUCAAAAAACCCUACCACAUCACAUUACUUGGCCUCUCUUUCACGAAGUUCCAGGAGCCCCCGAAAAACACGCUCGCUUCGUUCCUGCGCAAGGACCUUGAAGUCCAGUCAGUGCUGAGUAUAGAGAACCAGAACGGUGUCGAAGACGCCGAAAGUCCCGUCCCUUCAACCUCGAAGUUGGCACCAACGGAGGGGGAAUCACCCACACCCUCACCGAAAAAACUAAAGUUGACAAAUCUCGUGUCGAAGAAGCGCUGUUUUGAGGACUAUUACGAAGACUGCGAGAGUCCCUCAAAGUUGAAGGUUGCGGAUUUGUGCUUGGAUUCGGUGUCGUGCCCCCCUGAUGCCGACAAGGAGGUGUUCAAGGAGCUGCCGAAGGAGGUGCAAAAGGAGCUGUGGGAGGAUUACAAGAGGAGGAGGGCCAGUGAGAUGAAUUUUUGCAGCAGUCAAGUGAAGAAAACCAAGCCCAACACGUUGCUUAAUUAUUUUAUCCGGAAUAACUGAUGGUUUUGUAGAUUUUUUUCAUUAAAUAUGUUUUAAUAAAAA